CUCCGAAACCAACCCACCUCCAUUCGUGGGUGCCCGUCUCGACUGCCCCGCCCCCACUCCCAACUCCGGCGACUGCCGCGCGCCCACCAUGGCCGCUCGCCGGAGCACCAGCUCCACCCGACGCGGCCUCCUCCCCGCGCUCCUUCUCAUCCUCUGCUCGUCCCUCCCGCACUUCGCCGCCGCAUACCGCCCAGGCGACAUCGUCCCGAUGCUCCGCUCGGGACAGUACCACGGGUCGAGGACGGUGUGGUUCGACGUGGUGGGCCGCCACUGCCCAGCCUUCGCGGUCAACCGGGAGGUGCUGAUGCCGAUCCCAAAGCCGACGGGGUUCACUGGUGCUGAUCCCUACAAGAUAACAUUUCAAAUUGGACAUGAAAAGUUCCAUGUUCCUUGGCUUUAUGUUAUAAAUCGCAAGACCUCUGAAGUUCCACUGAUUGAUUUCCAUUUGAAGUACUCUGGAAAUGAUAUACUUGGGGUAACAGCUAAAGUUGUGGACAUGCCUCACCACUACGUGGAAGUUCAUCCUGACAUAAAGAAGAAUUUCUGGGAUCUACAGAAGUGGCCAAAAUAUGUUCUUGUUAGAUAUACAUGGGAGGAGCAAUCUGAGAUAGAUGUUGCUGGAGGAUUUUAUGUGUUAUUUGGAUCCGGGCUUGUUUUGUCCUUCAUCCUUGCAAUAUAUGUCCUACAAUCAUCUCAAGAGAAGUUGACAAGGUUUGUGCGAGAAGCAGUUGCAGAUAGUAGCCUCCCAGAGGGAGGAGUUGCAAAGGUCGAGUGACCUAUCUACAAUGAACUGUCAUAUUGCUCACUAACUUCAACACUGAUCAGAACAUCAAGAGAUCCACAACAGCCAAGUCUCUUGGAUCCGUAACAUGUGAUACAAUAGAACAUAAUAUAUAUGACGAGCCAGUGGUUUAUUUGAUUAUUUGUUGUGCAUGCUCUGAAACCAACUUUGCUGUUCAAGUGGAUAAAGAUGAAGCAUCAGAUCCUCCGCAUAAUUUCAUUUCCAGACUGGAGUUUUGGAGUUUUGGUGCUUACUAUCUCCCGAGUGACAAUUUGGGACUGAAUAGAUUUUUUUAUUUGUGGUUUUGUAGUACCAGUGAGAAAUGUAAAAACAGCUGCCCCCAAACCUGUAUGAUUUGCCUUUGCAUCAAGUUAUAGAUGAGCAAGAUACCAAAUUAA